UUUCUGUCAAUUUCUCUGUUUAAUUUAGGUGCCAUGCUUUUGUGUUUGUCAUCAGUAUGUUGUUUUUUGGAAACAAAAGCUUCGUGCUUGCUGUUAAAAGUUUUAGUCUUUGUGUUGAUUUCUUCUUCUUUUCCAGAUUUUCUCGGCAAGCAAACAGAGGAUAUUUAUGUCGUCUGAGUCUGAUCUGUUAAACACUGGGGCCGUCAACAAGCUCUGGUUUUUCACUCUCUCUUGUUGCUUCUUCUUCUUCUUCAACUUGUGUGAGAACUUUUUGUCUCUUGAAAAGAGCAAGACUCAGAGGUUUUUCAGUUUUCGUAUGCAAUCCAGGUCAAAAAGGGAUUCUUCUUGGGUUGAGUGCUUUGAGGCUUGUUUAAGAAAACAUCAUAAUUAUUAUUGUUAUUAUUCAAUUUUGGGUUUGUGGAUUUUGAGUUUUUCUUGAUAAUCAAGUAGUCAAAUUUGCGAAAGAUUUCCUUUCCUAUUUUGAUUUAUUUAGGGAUUUAAGAGGUUAUUGUUUUCCUUGUUCAAGUUAUAGUCUCCUAUAAUAAUAUAAUGCCAGGCCUCCAAAGGCAAAUUUUGAAUCAAGAGAUGAAUUUUCGCAAAACAAAGCCAAAAAGAGAAGAGAAUUCGUUUUCAAUGAGGAAGCUUCGCAUAAUCUACCAUGAUCCUGAGGCCACAGAUUCCUCAAGUGAAGAUGAUGAUGACUACCAUCACAGAAGAACUCAAUUUCAUGGUGUUAAGCGUUAUGUUACAGAGAUUUCUCUUCCGGGUUCGCUGCACGAAGCCAGUGGAGAAAAUUCUUUGCAGCAAAAUGUUGUUGAAGGCAAAACUAGUAAAGAUGGUGAUGGUACUAAGUUGGAAGAAAAUAAGAAAACUCAUAAGUCAUCUACGAUAUAUAAAGGCGUUCGGCGUAGGCCUUGGGGGAAGUAUUCAGCAGAGAUCAGGGAUCCAUUCAGGCGGGUUCGAGUUUGGCUUGGAACUUAUAAUACUGCAGAGGAGGCUGCUAUGGCUUAUCAGAACAAGAAGCGCGAGUUUGAGAGCAUGAUUGAAUCGGAGAAGAUCAAGAAUUUGUCAAUUGUAUCAACUGAAUCAACUUCAGUGUCUGAAGAGACUAAGGAUAUGUUUUCUCAUCCAUCGCCAUCGUCAGUGCUGGAUGUAACGACUUCAGCUUCACUUGCUAAUGCAUUUGGAGAUCGAAUCAAAGAAGAGAACGGCAUCGUGGAGGAGUUUGUGAAAGGAUGCAAUGUGGAGAAGGCUGCCAGAAGAGAAUGCAAUUAUGAAGAUGAGCAAUCUAUUUCAUAUCUGCUGGAAGUGCCAGACUUAUCACCAUCAAUGAGUGAAGAUUUGGGCGAUUUUGGUUUUGAGGACAUGUUUAAGCAAUGCCAGGACGACUAUGGCCAAUUCUACGGAGUACCUAAUCAAAAUUACAUUGAAGAUUCUUGUGUGGUUGAAGAUUUGGGAAAUGGCGAGGUGAUUAGUAAUUUAUUUGAUAUUGAGCCUAGCCUGGAGGACUUUGCUUGGGCUGAUGGAACUCUGAGUUUUUCAUGCUGAUAAAUUUUUGCAGUUAGGAAUAUGAUUUUAGUAAAUGUGGUUAAUAAAAUCUCAAGAACAUCAUGCAUCAAAGUUCUUGAGAGUUUUGUCAUAUUUGUCACAGAGAGUCUUGAGUUUUUUGUCUCUCCUUCUUGGAGCUUCCAAGAUUUUGCAACUCCUUGUACCUAAUGAAACUUUUGAUAUAAAUUUUCUUAGUUUUCCUA